GGAUUCGCGUUUUGGAGCUGGACUUGCAAGCUGUGCUCAAGAUUGGGUAGCCUACCCGGAAGUGGGCGGCCUUCUGCCCGGAAGGCGCGGGACUCCUUGGCGGCGGCAAAAAUGCUUGGUGUUAAAGGAAACUACCUACUACCCGCAGACUGCGCUCACCGGCUGGUAGCGGAGCUGCAGGGCGCCUUGGACUCCUGCGCCGAUCGGCAGCGGCAGUUGGAGCGGAGCCUGCGCGUUUCCAGGAGGCUGCUGCAGGUCUGGGAACCAGCCAGGACCCCAUCUCCAGUUCCAGAAACCAAAGAAGAGGACCCAAGUCCAGCAUGUGCACCGAGUUCUCAAGAUCUCGAGGAGCUGGAACUUUUGACCCAGGCUCUGGAGAAGGCUGUACGUGUGAGGAAAGGCGUGUCCAAUGCUGGACAAAGAGACAGAACCCCCACUCUGACAUCUAAGGCAGCCACUUCUGGUGCCGCUGCCGCCUCCCAUCCUCGGGCUCCCAGCCGGGGUGGCAGCCGUGUAUUGGGUACAAGAUCCACCAAGGGUAUACAGCGGGCCACAGCCCCUCCCAAGGAUUACCCUGAGCACAGACUACGAUCAAAGGGUGAUAAGACCCAUGUAAGAACACAAGACCAAACUACUGGGUAUGGACCAGACCUCAGGGACCAACAAAUGACCCCGUCAUCUGCUCAUCACACCACAGAACUCUUCGCAUUAAAGGAGAAGGGGACUCUCCUGCAGCUACCUGAGGACUUCAGGAAGGCAGUGUCUCGGAAUUCCUGCCUGUGGGCCCAGCUCAACUCUGCACGAACCAACGACUCCACAGAUGCCACUAGAGCCGCCAAAACUCAGUUCCUCCACAAACUCCAGAUGGCUUCAGGCUGUUCCAGCCACAGGCCCAGUGCUACAGAGGUGGAGGCGCACGCACGGAUCCUGAGGAAGGCCUGUAUGCUGCUGAGACUUCGUAUGCAAAAGGAACUUGCAAUAGCUCCCACUGACUGGAUGCAGGAGUACCGAUGCCUGCUCACCCUGGAAGGACUGCAGACCGUUGUAGGACAGUGUCUCCACAGGAUACAGGUGCUGCAAGCAGCUGUGACAGAGCAACUUCCAGGAGAAUGCCUUGCAGAGACGCGCACUCAGGCCUCGUCCGUUUGCGGAGGAGAGGUGGACUCUGCCUGCAGCCCUGAGCUCCUUCUCUAUGCUAGCACCGAGGAGCUGCAGACCUUGGCCACCUUGAAGCUUCAGGUGGCCUUGCUACACCAGCAGAUCCAUCUAGAAAAGGUUCUGAUGGCUGAACUCCUCCCUCUGAUAAACACCCAGGAUCCUGGAGGACCGCCUUGGCUGGCCUUGUGUCGGGCUGCGUACAGUCUGCUCUGUGAGGGAGGCGAACGCUUCCUCACAGUCCUUCGAGAUGACCCUGCUGACUAAGCAGUCUGGGCAAACAAGCCUCUGUGGGAGAGCCCCCUCCUCUCUUCUGGACUGUAGUGAACAGGGAUUGAGGGAGAUUUUCCAGUUUGGGGGAGCUAUAACCUCACCGAGAAAGCUGCGUGGCCAGGGUGCUCCCCCUCCCCCCAAGCUCUUCUUAGACUUCUUAGUCAGGCUCAGCUUUCUGCCUUCCUGGGGGAGUCCUUGGCUGCCUCUACUUUCUCUCACUCUAGACCUCCAGACUACCUGUAUGACACUAGAACUCCUUUAGGAAGUGUAAGUAUUUAAAUUAUAUCAUAGCAGGGUUUGGUAAGCAGCUUUUUGGUUUCUUGUUUCUUUCUUUGUGGUUUUAAGAAUUGUAUCGAUUACCUAGGUGGGAGGCAGAGGCUGGUGAUUCUGUGAGUUCAAAGCCAGCUUGAUCUACAGAGCAAGCCAGGACCACAAAGAGAAACCCUGUCUCAAAAACCAAAAUGAAAAGACUUGUAUCAAUUAAGGGGUUUGGAGUGCCUGCAAUCCCACAGGGGAGGCUGAAGGAAGAGUAUCCUAAGUUUAAGGCCAGCCUGAACUCUGUUUAAAUAAAAAAGGAAGGGGUUUACCAAUAAAAAUUCAAAAGUAUGAGCUGGAGAGAUGGCUUGACGGUUAAGAGUACUGACUGCUCUUCCAGGGGUCCUGAGUACAAUUCUCAGCAACCACAUGGUGGCUCAUAACCAUCUUUAAUGGGAUCUGAUGCCCUCUUCUGGUGUGUCUGAAGACAGCUACAGUAUAUUUAUAUACAUAAAAUAAAUAAACCUUUUUUAAAAAUUCAAAA